AUGGAACGCUGGCAACAACAGUGGACAGCCGGAGCAGAGCAGCAGGGUUCGCCGGGGAUGAAGACGAGGAGACUUAUCCCGGACAUUAUGUCCUGGGUAAAUCGUAAGCACGGAGAAAUUGAUUUCUUUCUUUCCCAACUCUUUACAGGGCAUGGGUUUCUCCGGAGCUACUUCGUCGAGAAAGGCAUCCUCGACGGUUCGCCAAACUGCCCGGUGUGUGAACAUGACGUGGAAGAUGUCGACCACGUAAUGUUCCACUGUCCGCGGUUUGCUCGGAUCCGACAUGAGAUGCAGCAGCAGAGCCACACCCGCCUGACGAUGGACAAUCUGGCGGCGGAAAUGUGUGCCAACCGUGACACAUGGGAAGCAGUCCGAACUGCCGCUCGGAUCAUCUUCAGAAACCUCCAAGUGAGGUGGAAUGAGGAAAGUCCACCAACGGCAAGACGGAGGCGACAACAACGACGGCGGAAUACG